UCGCACUCAUUCCCACCAGUCAAAACCACUUCUCUCAUGACACCGUCAAAGAUCUACUUUUAAGCGCAACAUGGAAAUAUGCCUGUGCGAGUUUUACACAAAGGCGGUGGAAAAUUUCCAGUUUUUCUCCUUAGGAACCACACAUCAUCUAAAGCCGCGAAUAGCAGUACGGCAAGAGGACUGUAUUGUAUGGAAAUGUAACAAAGCCAAUCAUCAGGACUUAAGACAAAACAAACCCACCUUAGCCGUUAGUCAGCACCAGGAUGACCGCUCAUCUUUUGAAGAACCUUUAGAGUCGAAGUGGAUCCCGGUUCUACCGGGGGUUAUUUCGCAAAAGGGAGUGAACGAGAGCAAACACUUGCAGAGCCCCUUUUAGCUAUAUUACAUAAAAGAUACCUGUAGUAUUUGGCGCUUCAGGCCUUCACUCGAAUCCCAGCAAAUUUUCGACUUGAACGUCGUUCUACUUUUCAGGUAGUCCUCAAAUAAAGAGAUGCCUCCUCCAACUCCAAAGUAGUAGGACUUUGCAGCCACAUAUCUUCAGUACAUUAAAGACAAUAGUGUGCAACUGUUCUGAACUGCAGGGGAAUUAAAAAAAGGAUACAUUUCUC